GCGCGUCCGAGCACAGAUGAGGAGCAGCACUGAUUAAGCAGAAAAAACCGUGAGGAGUUUCAGCGAGCGACUCCCACGAGAGAAGAAACGCGGCACUUUUAGGAAUUUUCAAUGGGAAAAAGACUGUAGGGAUUUUUUUAAGCAGAAUGGCGCCGUGGCGUGCAUUUUCGGACACGGGAAAGUUCACGCAAAGGAAAAUUUGAGAGAGAAAAUCUUGGAUAUUAGUGGACACGAGCUACGCUUGGUUUGAGCUUUCCUUAAAGGAGACGCGCCGCGCACGGAUUUGUUACAUCGUGUCCAGAGAGUUAUGAUGUCUUGAAGCAGCAAGCGGCCCUUUUGAAGGAUGUGCAGUGAGUGCUAAUGGAAACUUCUGCAUCAAUAUGAAUGUUCAUGAUGUUGGCGGGAGACGACGCUUCGAGGACUCAGAGUUCACCUUGCGCAUCUACCCGGGGGUCAUCGCAGAGGGCACCAUCUACUGCCCCAUCACCGCCCGUAAGAACACAUCGGCCGCUGAGGUCAUCGAGCAGGUCAUCGACCGGCUGCGGCUGGAUCGGACGAAAUGCUACGUCCUGGCGGAGGUGAAGGAGUUCGGCGGGGAAGAAUGGAUCCUCAACCCCACAGACUGUCCCGUCCAGCGCAUGAUGCUGUGGCCUCGGAUGGCCCUGGAGAACCGGUUCAGCGGAGAGGACUACCGCUUUUUGCUGCGGGAAAAGAACCUCGAUGGCUCCAUCCACUACGGCAGCCUGCAGAUGUGGCUGCGGGUCACGGAGGAACGGCGUCACAUGAUGGACCGAGGCUUUUUGCCUCAGCCCUUGCCGAAGGACUACGACGAUCUGUGCAACCUGCCGGAUCUCAACGAGAAGACCCUGCUGGAUAACCUGCGUAUUCGCUUUAAGCAGGAGAAGAUCUAUACCUAUGUGGGCAGCAUCCUCAUAGUCAUCAAUCCCUUUAAGUUCUUGCCCAUCUAUAACCCCAAAUUUGUCAAGAUGUACGAUAAUCAUCAGCUGGGAAAACUGGAGCCACACAUCUAUGCGGUGGCCGACGUGGCUUACCACGCUAUGCUGCAGCGUAAGCGGAAUCAAUGCAUUGUUAUUUCAGGAGAAAGCGGCUCUGGCAAGACCCAGAGCACCAACUUUCUUAUCCAUCAUCUCACGGCACUCAGUCAAAAAGGGUUUGCUAGCGGAGUGGAGCAGAUCAUUCUGGGUGCUGGACCGGUGCUGGAGGCUUUUGGCAACGCCAAGACAGCCCACAAUAAUAACUCCAGCCGUUUUGGAAAGUUCAUCCAGGUGAACUAUCAGGAAAGUGGAACGGUUCGAGGGGCGUAUGUAGAGAAAUACCUGUUGGAGAAAUCCAGACUCGUCUAUCAGGAACAUAAUGAAAGGAAUUACCAUGUGUUUUACUACCUGCUGGCAGGAGCGAGUGAAGAGGAGAGGACUGGGUUCCACCUCCGAAAACCUGAAGAAUAUCAUUACCUCAAUCAGAUGACAAAGAAACCCCAAAGGCUGCAUUGGGAAAAUUACUUUGAGAACGAACCGCAGGAUUGCUUCACAGUUGAAGGGGAGGAUCUUAAGCAUGACUUUGAGCGCUUACAGCUGGCUAUGGAGAUGGUCGGCUUCCUCCCCACCACGCGCAAACAGAUUUUUUCUCUGUUGUCAGCAAUCCUUCAUUUAGGGAAUAUCCGAUACAAGAAGAAGAUUUACAGGGAUGACUCCAUUGACAUCGGCAAUCCUGAAGUUCUGCCAGUUGUGUCGGAAUUGCUUGAGGUCAAAGAGGAGAUGUUGUGUGAAGCCCUGACAACACGAAAGACGGUCACAGUGGGCGAGAGACUAAUCGUCCCAUACAAACUGGCUGAGGCUGUGACGGUGCGGGACUCGAUGGCCAAGUCUCUCUACAGUGCCCUGUUUGACUGGAUUGUGUUCAGGAUCAAUCACGCCCUGCUCAACAAAAAAGACUUGGAAGAGUCUGUCAAGAUUUUGUCCAUUGGGGUUCUCGACAUCUUUGGCUUCGAAGACUACGAGAACAACAGUUUCGAACAAUUCUGCAUCAACUUCGCCAACGAGAGACUUCAGCACUAUUUCAACCAGCACAUUUUUAAACUGGAACAGGAGGAAUACCGGGCAGAAGGCAUUACUUGGCAUAAUAUUGAUUACAUUGAUAACACCAGUUGCAUCAAUCUCAUCAGUAAGAAGCCCACAGCACUGCUCCACCUACUGGAUGAAGAAUGCAACUUUCCGCAGGCCACCAAUCAAACCCUGCUGGAUAAGUUCAAACGACAACACGAAGGAAACAGCUAUAUAGAGUUUCCUGCAGUCAUGGAGCCGGCGUUCAUCAUCAAACACUACGCAGGGAAAGUCAAAUAUGGAGUGAAGGACUUCAGAGAGAAAAACACAGACCACAUGCGGCCGGACAUUGUGGCUCUGCUGAAGAGCAGUAAGAACGCCUUCAUCUGUGGCCUGAUCGGCAUCGACCCGGUGGCCACUUUCCGCUGGGCUGUGCUCAGGGCUUACUUCAGAGGCGUGGUGGCAUUCAGGGACGCUGGGAAAAGAUAUGUGGAAAAACGAAGCGGGCAUGAUGCUGCUGCUCCAGGUGUGAAAAGUGUGGAUAGUUUUAGUUUUCUGCAUCAUCCUGUGCAUCAGAGAAGCUUAGAGAUCCUGCAGAGGUGCAAAGAGGAGAAAAACAGUGUAAACAGAAACCGUCAUCGCAUGCCACUCUCUGAUCUGCAGGGCACCAAUGCAAUAAAUCAAAGGGAGAGCUGGAAUGGUCGUCCUGGGAGACAAAACCGCCUGUCGUCUACUCUGAAUGAAGAGGAUGGGAUAUUUGUUAACUCCACGAGCAGUAAACUUCUGGAAAGAGCUCACGGCAUCCUGAUGAGAAAUAAAAACUAUAAGAUGAAGCCCAGUCUUCCUAAGCACUUGUUGGAUGCCAAAUCUCUGAAGUAUCUGAGUAAUCUGACGCUACACGAUCGAAUCACAAAAUCCCUCCUACACCUCCACAAAAAGAAGAAACCGCCAAGUAUUAGUGCUCAAUUCCAGGCUUCUCUCAAUAAGCUAAUGGAAACACUCAGUCAAUCCGAGCCGUACUUCGUCAAAUGCAUUCGAUCAAAUGCAGAGAAGCUCCCUCUGCGGUUUCAUGAUGGUCUGGUUCUGAGGCAGCUCCGAUACACAGGCAUGCUGGAAACCGUGCGUAUACGACAAUCGGGCUACAGUAUCAAGUACACUUUUCAGGACUUUGUUCGACACUUCCAUGUGCUGUUACCAGAAGGUACCUGCGCCAACCAAGAAACUAUCAGACGGUACCUGGGCCAGGUGGAUCUCGCACCCGAAGGGUACCAAGUGGGACGUACUAUGGUGUUUCUCCGUGAAGUGGAACGUCAGCGACUACAAGAUCUUCUCCAUCAGGAGGUUCUGCGUCGGAUUGUUAAUCUCCAGCGGCGUUUCAGGGCUCUUUUAGAAAGGAAGAACUACCUGAGAAUGAGACGGGCUGCCUGCCACAUACAGAACUGGUGGAGGAGCUGUCAAUCGGUGCAGAUGGGCAACAGGCUUCAAUAUGAUGCCCAGGUCCAGCAGGUGGCAGCGGUCUGCAUCCAGUCGGCCUGGAGGGGAUUUAUCGCGAGGCGAAGACUUCUGCUGUGGAGGGAGGCGGCCGUAAUUAUUCAGACAAACUGGAGGCUGUGUCGACGGAGAUGUGCGGCCCUCCGGAUCCAGACCGCCUGGAGACGGCACAGGGCCAGAGAGCUCUACCUCAAGCAACGUGACAUCAUCAUCCACCUGCAAGCCGUCAGCAGAGGAUAUCUGGCGAGGCAGAGAUUAAGAGAACUUCGAGAGCAGAGGUUAAAAAGCUCUCAGCUGCUGAAUGGAAAUACCAGUCGGUUAACAGAAGAGGAGAAGCGAAGAGUCAUGGGUUUGGAUCUAAGCUUGUGGGAAGACCAGGAGAAAAGCAAACAGCCCUUCAUAGGAGCAGUUGAGGCGUCUGAAGCCAAUGCAUCAAGGGAAGAAACUGUGCUAGAGAUACCAACAUCCGAAGUGACAAUCCGAGAACGUCCACGGACGCUUGAAGACCCCAACCACAGGACGAGAGCCAAGCGGGAAAGCCGACGGAUGCGCGAGUUGGAACAGGCCAAAUUUAGCUUGGAGCUGCUGAAGGUGCGCUCCACCGGAGCAACGUCUCCAUCGGAUGAGAGACGCUGGUCGAUGGAGAUGGUCAGCGAGGUUCCUCACACUCCUCAGGGUACGCCGGACAGCCAGAGCUCCAAAGGCAGCUUUGAGCUGCUUAAUAUAGAUGACUGUUUCAAAGACAAAGCACCUUUUGCUGAAGUAGAGGAUCUCGGUUCACCUUCAUCCCUGCCGGAUCUGCACGACACAUUCCCAGACGUUCCCAAACCUACAUUGACGUCUGAUAUUUCAGCACCUGCCAGGCGACAUGAACCUCCCAGGCUUCCGACCUUUUACGUCCCUCCUUUAGAAAGCAGCUCUCUUAUCAUGAAGUCUAGCUCCGUUCCGAAACCCGAUGGGACCGGUAAACCUGUGAAGGAUAAGACCGAGUUUACCCGCAGGCCAAUGGUGGUGGUUAUCAGCAUGCAGAAGGAUGCACAUUUAAAUGAAGAGAAUCCAGAGGUCCGAGACGAUGCCACCCAGACAGGCGAGACUCCCAGUCCCACACAUCCCAGUCGCAACAGCCUAUACGUACUGGAGAAACUAGAAAAGCUGAAUGAGGUGAAGGAAGAGCGAGAAAAACAUCAACAGCAGCAAAACGAAAAAGAAAUGAUGGAGCAGAUCCGUCAACAGAAGCUCAUCCUGGAGGAACAGCGGAGGAACAUCUCCCGAAACGAAAGGGAGAUGUUUGAAAAGCAGAGGUCCGAGGCACUGCAAAGGAUUGAACAGGGCAGACAAGAAAGUUCUGGAGGAAGGACAGACAAAUCCGGUUUACUCUCAGACAGAGGUCCUGCUCCCUUAGCCCAGCCCGAGCCGGACUUCAACUCCCAACCACAGGUCCCAGAAAAUGAAGUCGUAUACCCGCUGAAGGAUAGCAGAAAGGUACCAGAAGGGUGGGCACCAAAACUGACCCUGGAGUCCAGAGGACAUGAAGCCAGAAGAAAAAUGAAUAAGAAGCAGUCCAAUCAAAACAUCAGCAUUAACAUGACAGAGAAACCGGGAAACAUUUUCUUUUCUCCAAAGGCGAAAGUUUCCCAUUUAAAGCUGGAUAAGGACAUGAGGACUGACAAGGUCAUUCAAGGUAAAACUUCAGGAGUCCAGAAUGAAUUGAGCCUCUUGGGACACAAAUCCACUAAAGGUCGAGAGGUCAGCCGUCCUGGUCAUAAAAAAGCCCGCAUGGCACGGACACGCUCAGAUUUCCUGACCCGCAGUACAAAUCCCCAGGGAGAGGGAGAGUCCGAUGAGGAAGAGUAUGAGGAGAGCCCUCUAUCUCCUGAUAUACUCCUCCCUAAACAGGACUCGGAAGAGAGCGCACUAGAGGCUUAUCACAGUGACUCUGAAAUGCCGCUCUCACCCACUGCUGAACAGAAGAGCAUGUAUAAAGCCAUGUCCUCCGGUGAUCUGGGCAAAGGUGAUGCCCUGAGGAAAAACCCUCAUGGAGAUGGAAGGGUUCGCGGUAAAAUGCGGUUUUGGGCAAAGUCGAAGCAUGGAGAGAAGAAGUCAUCACGUGAGCGUCUGUUCUGUGUUGGUGAUACACUGGAUGGAGACUUUACUGAAACACCACUUAUGAUGGAAGAGGGUGUAGAGCACCUGUCGCCUCCUCGAAGCCCAGAUCUUACCAUACAGAGGGAGUUUAAGGAGAACAAAGAGCCGUCUCCUAAAGUGAAGCGUCGCCGAAGUGUGAAGAUCAGCAGCGUCGCUCUCGAACCGGCGCAGUGGCAGAACGAUUCACUGCAGAUACUCACAUGUGCCAACGACUACAGGAGCAUGAAUGAUUUUCUUAUGAAAAAGAUAAGUGAUUUAGACACAGAGGAUGGGAAAAAAGACACAAUGGUUGACGUUGUCUUCAAAAAGGCACUGAAGGAGUUCCGCUUGAACAUCUUCAACUCAUACUCGACAGCAUUAGCUAUGGAUGAUGGGAAAAGCAUUCGCUACAAGGAUCUCUACGCUCUCUUUGAGCAAAUCCUGGAGAAGAACAUGCGUCUGGAACAGAGGGAUUGGAGCGAGUCACCGGUGAAGGUUUGGGUCAACACCUUUAAAGUCUUCCUCGAUGAGUUCAUGAUGGAGCACAAACCUCUGGACAGUGCUGUGAGCAAGGCCCUCAAACCGGACCGCAAGAAGAGACGGAAAAAAGAUGCUGACAUUGUGGAAGAACACAAUGGCCACAUAUUUAAAUCCACUCAGUACAGCAUUCCCACAUACUGCGAGUAUUGCUCAUCGCUCAUCUGGAUGAUGGACAAAGCCUGCGUCUGCAAAUUGUGCCGGUAUGCGUGCCACAGAAAGUGCUGUCAAAAAACGACCUCCAAAUGCAGCAAGAAGUACGAUACUGAGCUCUCUUCACGGCAGUUUGCUGUGGAAUUGACCCGUUUGACCAACGACGAGCGAUCGGUGCCUUUAGUGGUGGAGAAACUCAUCAACUACAUCGAAAUGCACGGACUUUACACCGAAGGCAUCUACCGAAAGUCCGGAUCAGCCAAUAAGAUCAAAGAGUUGAAGCAGGGUCUGGACACGGAUGUAAACGGCAUGAAUUUGGAUGACUACAAUAUUAAUGUGAUCGCCAGCGUUUUCAAGCAGUGGUUACGUGAUCUGCCUAAUCCUCUGAUGACCUUUGAACUGUACGAGGAGUUUCUACGGGCUAUGGGUCUUCAAGAUAAGAAAGAAGUGAUUCGAGGGGUUUAUUCAAUAAUUGAUCAGCUCAGCAGAACUCAUCUGAACACACUGGAGCGGCUCAUUUUCCAUUUGGUCAGGAUUGCUCUGCAGGAAGAUACCAAUCGUAUGUCUGCAAACGCAUUGGCAAUUGUGUUCGCACCCUGCAUCCUGCGCUGUCCUGACACCACCGAUCCUCUGGAGAGCGUUCGGGACAUCGGGAAAACCACAGCGUGCGUGGAGCUGAUCAUUUGUGAGCAGAUGAAUAAGUACAAGGCCAGGCUGAAGGACAUCAACACUCUGGAGUUUGCAGAAAGCAAAGCCAAGAGUCGGUUAACCUUCAUCCGCAGGUCUAUGAGACCUGUAGUAAUUGCUGUUAGAUUCAUGAGCGUAACCCGCAGUGCUGCAGCGGGUAAAGGGCAGGUGCGCAGAGUGAGGUAUACCACACCAUCUCCUCCGGUGAGUCCUCGCUCUCCAACCGCCCCAGACGUGACGCAAGAAAGCGCCGAUGAGGAACCUGUCAGAGAUCCGGAGGUGUCCGAGCAACAGCAGGUGGCAAUGCAACAGGAAGAAAAGGUUCUCACUGAACAGAUCGAACAUCUGCAGAAAGAAAAGGAAGAGUUGACCUUUGAGAUGCUGGCUCUGGAGCCCCGGGCAUCAGAUGAUGAGACUCUGGAGUCAGAGGCUUCGAUAGGCACGGCAGACAGUUCGGAAAACCUCAACGUGGAUUCGGAGGGAGCCGGAUCGGACUUCUCUGACCGAGGCCCAGCGCUGGCCGCCACCAGGCCCAAGAAGUCUGAGGGGAAAAGCAGGCGAGUUUUGCGGAGGCAGGCGGUAUCUCUAGACUCCGUAGAUUCCAGUUCUACAGUCUCCUCCGUGUCGUCUUCCUAUGCGAACCUGCCCGUACGACCCCGAACCCGCAGGUCACGUUUACGGUCCAAAUCGCCUUCAUCUCAAUCUUAUCUGUCAAGCCCACCUGACAGCAUGGACCUCCCCGACCAGGACGAAGAGGAGAGACCGCAGUUCACCAGCCGCGGUACCUUUAACCCGGAAAGGGGCAAGCUGCGGCUUCAGGGGGCCAAGAGCUCCCCUCUAAAACCUCCGAUGGGCAGUAGUCCGAAGAGGGAACCGGACAUGCCGCCUCAGCAGAUGGUGGUUUACGGCAACAACGAGUUCAUGGUAUGAAGGCUGCGAGGUUACACGUCCAUGCACGGAGAAGAGCUUGUUCCUCCCCGCUAGCUCACAUUUGCUGCGUUAUAGUCCUAAUGUGCCACGUUGAGAGAAACGUUUGUGUGGAAAUCGGGAAUGUGUUGGACGAGGAUGGCGGGGUAAAGGGAACGACUCCACUAAGGAAUAUUCUCCUGGGCUUUGAUUGGCAGCUCUGUGACUGUGAAAGACGGGAGACAAAGCCAUCGAUGAACUUGACGAAUUCAAGCUAUACCACGGGCUGCUUCAACGUUUACAAUGUAGAACCUUUGCAAGCAGCAUCCUCUGCGAUGUAUUUGCCCUUAGCCUAUUUAAUAAAUUUUAUUUACAUUGAAUAUAUAAAUCUAUAUAAAUAUAUUAUGUGAUAUAAAGCCAGCACACAGUGACUGCUGGGUCGAUGAAUUCGUAUAUCUUGUAUUUGUCAUGAUGAAUGCAUUAGAGAGAGAAGAUUGUGUGUGCAAAUGUGCGUGUAUGAGAAAACCUCGAUAUCUUUGUGCUGCUUGGAGGGAAAUGAUGCCAUUAAAGGGACCAAACAAGCUGGUGAUUUAAAGCCAGUGGAUCCCAGAGGUCUUUCAGAUCACCAAAUAGUGUAUUACUGUACAUCACCUCGAGACAGCCAUCCAUCAGUUGCUAUUUUUUGUGCUCAUCUGCCUCAGUCGUGUUUAGAGAAAGCAGUGUUAAUAUACCGAACCGCAGUAAAUGGAUCACUAUCAUUGCUUGUUUAUUAUUUUAAAUCCAAAUUUGUUCCCCAUUGAAGAAAACAAUUUAAAUAUUUAAUGUAUUACCAAACAAAUCUCAUCUGUUUGUAUGCUAUGUAACCCAUUUUUUUUUUCAGAUUAUAUCAAUCUUUCCCUUUAUGUCAAAACUCUGAGAUGUAAUAAUUCACACAAGUGCAUUUGGAGGGUCAUGCGUGAUCUUAAAAUAUGUUUUCUCGCUCCAUCACUAUUUGAAAUGUCAGCAUUUACAUCAAAAACAUGGAGAUGAAAUAAACAAAAGCAGUUAUUUACAUGCUAUAAAUCAGGCUUUAUUUCAACAACAAAAUAUCUCUGUUACUGUUGUUUCUGGUCUUAAAUAGGUCUAAAAUAAAGCCCCCUUACUUUAAACAGUGGCAAGAUUGUGUGUUAUGGAGUGUGUAGGCAUAAAUACACAUGAAGAUUAAGGAAAUAAAUUUAUUUUGUGUUAUUAUACAUCUCAUUCAUUGCUGACACUCCGUCACAUACAUGCAAGAUUGAGUUGGAGCCGUCUCUUGAACAAAUGUUUCUUAUGAAAGAAAUGCUAAUGGUUGUAAAAUAAAUCACAUUUUGAACAAAAAA